AUGGCUCACCGCUUUCACAACGAGCCUCUCGCAGAAAAUUACCAACAAGCUGCCUACAACGGCUUUCCCUUCCUCCCCGAAUUCGGCCACCGCCGUACCGCUCCCCGCGAAGAGCCCUUCAUCCACCACCGCGCCAACGGGAUUGCAGGUCAAGGACCGGGUUGGUAUCAAGGCGGCCACAAAUUUUCCAAAGGAAGUUUUCGCUCGAAGAAAUACUGGGUCCGGCCCAUCGAUGGUGCACGUCACGGAGCCCUGGGACGACUCAAAGACGCCCUGACGGGUGAAGGACCGGAUGUGUUUGUCGUGGCGAAUGGGGAUCGGAGAACAUUCAUGAGGGAUGUGCCGUCGAGGAAUCAUUGGAGCGGUUGGGAUAAGACUGGUUUGCGAUGGGUUGGGGAUGCGAAUUGGAGAGGUGCGAGUGAGGAUAUGGAUUGGUAUCCGAAAACGAAUUAUCAUGCUCCAUGGGCACGGAGGGAGAAAGACCAGGUGUACAAUUUUCGGACCAGGGAGUAUGAUGACCUGAAGGGGAGUAAUCGGUUAGGCUUUUGGAGUGAUGCGCACUACUCUCAGGGCCAGAGAGGCAAGUAUUCGAUUCCGACUGCUUGGAGGAUGUGGGAUGGGAAGUGGCAUACGACUGUUGACCCUAGUGCUGGGAGAUGGCCCGGUGGAAGGCCGUUGCGCUGA